AUGGAGAUUGGAAGGAUAGCCUUAAUCAACUACGGAAAGGACUCCGGAACGCUCGUUGUUAUGAUCAUCGACCAAAAUAGGGCUCUUGCUGAUGCUCCGGACAUGGUGAGGAGCCAUAUUAACUUCAAGAGGCUUUCACUCACAGAUAUCAAAAUUGACAUCAAAAGAAUCUCAAAGAAGAAGACCUUGGUAGAGGCUACGGAAGCUGCUGAUGUGAAGACCAAGUGGGAGAACAGUUCAUGGGGAAGGAAGUUGAAGAGAGGGCUUGACAGGUUUAAGCUUAUGUUGGCAAAGAUUAAGAGGGCCGGAGUUGUGAGACAGGAGCUUGCAUAG